CAAAAAUGGACAAAAACCUCACCGAAGACUCCUCAUCCCCUCCCCCUCCCAGACCCAAAUGGCGCAAAGUAGCCUACGGAGGUAUGCAAACCGGAUACGACGACAACUACACAGACGAAACCUUCCUCGACGAAAUGGUAAUGAACGCAAACGUAGUCCGACGCGACCUCCUCAAAGUAAUGAAAGACUCAAUCUCAAUCUCCCAAUACCUCUCCAUCGUCGCCCUCGUCGUCCUCGUCUGGUUCCACACUCUCCAAUCCUCUCUCGACGAAAACUCCCUCUUACUCCUCGACCUCUCCCUCUUAGCCCUAGGCUUCUUAGUCCUCCUCUUAACCGAAGAGAAAAUGCUCUCCUUAACCCUCCUCUUACGUUACCUCACCAACAUCACCUUCUUCACUACAGGACUCUACAUCUUAGCUCCUGUCUACCAGACGUUAACGAGAUCUAUAAGCUCAGAUUCGAUUUGGGCCGUUACGGUUUCUCUCCUGAUGCUUCAUCUCUUCUUACAUGAUUAUUCCGGGACGACGAUUAGAGCUCCGGGGGCGUUGAAGAGUCCGAGUUUGACGAGCUGUAUCUCUGUUAAUGCUUCGGUGGUUGCGUCUGUGUUUGUUGCUUCGAGGCUUAAUUCGAGAGGGCAUGUGUUCGGUGUGAUGUUGUUUUCGCUUCAGGUGUUUUUGUUCGCGCCGCUUGUUAGUUAUUGUAUUAAGAAGUUUUCGUUUGGGUUGCAUUUGGUGUUCUCGUUUGGGUUGUUGGGUUUGACGUUGUACGCUGUUUAUGUGGUGCAUAGGUUGUUGUUUGUUUUGUUUCUUGUUGUUGUGGUUGUUGUUAAUGUUGUGUGUCCUUAUUGGUUGAUUAGGAUGCAGGAGUUUAAGUUUGAGAUUAAUGGUCCUUGGGAUGAAGCUAAGCUUUGUUUCGAUAUUACUGAUUGAUUAUAUUCUUUUUUUUUGUUGUUUAAACAUUUGUUUUUGAUAUUCUUGUUUGAGUGAUUUUUAAUAGACUUUGUGCUCUG